UCCGGAUUCAAACACCGACAUCCACACGACGCGCAGAGAGAGGCGCAGCUCGAAGUUUCCCCCUGCAGGUCACAGCUGAGGGCCAUGGCUCGCGGGCAUCAGAAGAUCCAGUCCCAGCAGAAGAACGCCAAGAAGGCGGCGGAGAAGAAGAAAGGUCAGGCCGCCGACCAGAAGUCUGCGGCCAUGGCGGCGCUGAUCCACACCUGCCCAGUCUGCCGGAGUCAGAUGCCCGACCCCAAGACGUUCAAGCAGCACUUUGAGAGCAAACACCCCAAGUCCCCGAUGCCUCCGGAGCUGGCCGACGUUCAGGCUUAAAGAACCGUCUCCUGCAAGACCACCUGAACCCGGAUCCACGAUGACCACAGACCUGAGCUGCUGCCCCCCCGAAGGACGUGGACGGACCCCGGGACCCGUCAGGACGCGUGGACAUGGGGACAGACAGAGGGGGGGGGGGGACGCAGGACGUGUGUAUGUGCUGUGUACGUACGUGCGUGUGUGUUUGCGUGAGAGAAAAACAAUAACCACAGGGGGGCAGUAGAGCACCACCAGCCCACUUUUUUUAUAUUUAUUGUGGACCACCUUGCUAUACCAGAUCGAAUGAAACUAUGUUGUGACUAACUAGGGGGAGAGUUGACAUGUCUGAAAGAGCUACAGGGGGGGGGGGUACUGGUUGAACAGUGGCAGGUUCCACCUCCACGUUCGAUUCCUCCGCUCGUCCACAGCGGACACGGCUCUGCUUUGAUUUGAUUUGAUUCGAACAAAAUCACGUUUUGUCCCCAUCUGGUCUCACAGAGGAUUAAAUGUGGUAAAUGUCUGAAGGUCUCCUGUCCCCUGGUGUCCUCCUCGGGGGGGGUCCUCACUUUCUAACACCUCACCACAGAACCUCACAUUCCACCGGACUGCAACUCUCAUGGUUACUUUCAUUUAAUAUUCAUCAAAUCCUUCUACUUAUUGCUUAUUAUGCCACUUCCUCUGCAAUAAUCCCAUCUUUGUUCUGAGGCUCAGCUUCGUUUCACUCUCGCUAACAAACACUCAGAAGUUUCCUCGAGAACCGAACCUGUAGAUUUGAGUCCGUAAUCAACCGAAAAUAUCUGUCCCUGUUGUUUCUGCUCAAAUGCUCACGAGCAGGAAAAGAAACUUCACAAAUUCGCUUGUCUGUACUUUUUUUUUUGUUUCCCUUUUAAAUAAAUCCAUCAUGUAUUUAA